GAACGCGGAUGUGAAGCGUUGAGAGAAUCAAAAGAGCCAGAAGAUCCGGAUCCACACUGAGAAAUAUCCGCUUGAGCUCGGAGUUUACACCGAAUACGCGUGUGUGAAUGAUGCAUGAAGCCGAUAUCGUGUCCGGAGACUCCAGAUCCACCGAAAGAGAUGAAGGAGGCGUGUCAUCCAGACCCGGUUCUGAAGAGAUUCUGGAGACUGGGCUGCUAUUGGAUGACUCCGGACUGCUGUACGGUGGCCUGGAGAGACACACAGAGGAGUGGAGCAUUGAACCACACUGUAGUUUAAAUGACAGCGAAUCAGAGGAGGUUCUGAACGGCAUCAACCCGAACGAGGUGUAUACGACAGCAGCUGCGCAGGAGCCACAGUCAGAGAGCGACAGCAGUCUCUCUGAAGAUAUUCUGAUGCAUGAACAGACGCCCACCGUCUAUCAGGUGGUGUAUGACAUCAGCGGUCUGGGGGCCGUUACAUCACAGCAGGAGCCGCAACGUGUGGACGUGAUCUCCAUAGAACUGGAUGAGUGGAGCUCUCAGAUGUUGCUGUCGGAGUCGUGUGUGGUGAACGAGCUGGUGUCAUCUGUUAAAAUGGAGAACGCUUCAUCUGACGACACGCAACAAAUGCACAACCAGGACAACUUUCUGGUUUUUCCUGAACUUCAGCUGACAGAUGAGGAACAGAAGCUGCUGGAUCAGGAGGGAAUUUCACUGCCCAAUAAUCUGCCAUUGACCAAGGCCGAGGAGAGAAUCCUGAAGAAAGUAAGACGGAAAAUCCGUAACAAACUCUCAGCGCAGGACAGUCGCAGGAGGAAGAAAGAGUAUAUCGACGGACUGGAGAGCAGAGUGGCGGCAUGUUCUGCUCAGAAUAAGGAGCUGCAGAGAACCGCCGAACAGCUGGAGAAACACAACAUGUCUCUUCUUGCUCAGUUGCAUAAACUGCAGUCUCUGAUCAAGCGGACGGCCACUAAAGCUGCGCAGACGAGCACUUGCAUCAUGAUUCUCAUCUUCUCUCUGGGUUUGAUCAUCUUCCCGAGUUACAGUCCAUUCAGCUGGCGUUCUCAGUCACCAGAUGACACGUACAGUCCGUCAGGCGUAAUUUCCAGAAACAUCCUGAAUGAUGUCGCUUCACUCCCGCUCUUGGAGAACGCUGCAGAAGAUGAUCCGAUCAUUUCAGAUCCUUUGUCAGUACCCGCAGACCACCGACAGACAGACGCAGCAGAUCUGAGCUCUGAUUGGCCGCCGCCGCAGGAGGACGCAGUGAUGCAGCAGCGGCCGCAGGGGAACAGCACAGACGUGACUCAAGAUAACACAGAUGAACUGGCGAUUGGUUUAUUGACACCUGCAGGUGCAGGAAAUGCAGGGACAGACGCAGCCAAACCUCCACAUGCAGAUGAAAUGUAAACGUUCCUUCAGUUAAGGAGUAAUUGAGAGUUUAAAAACGUUUCCUGAAGUCACACAACCUGUUUAACGCAGGGAGCGUUCGACUCGGGGUGUGCCGGCUUUAUUGUGCAGCUGCAUGUUUGAAAGGAAGCCAAGAUGAUCUCUCUGUGAGGAAAUGAGACAUGGAAAGCUGUCUGUGAGGUGGCAUUAUUUAUUCUCACUGAUGUUGAAAUGCUGAAGACAGUUAAAGGUGUGUUUUCACUCAAGUGAUUUGCUUCAUCAUCAUGUUAUACGGUUAUAAUCAUUAUGUACUUUAGUUCAGUGCUUCUCAACUGGUGGUGGUCACGACCCAAAAAAGGGUGGCAGGUCUGUUCUGACUGGGAGAGCAGGGGAAUACUAAAUAAAUAUGCAUUAAACCAUAUAGUCAUGCAUACUGUAGUUAGGAUGGCAGAAUAAAUGGGUUAAUUCAACUUCCCAUUUAUUUUGUUGUUCAUGUCAAAAGCCGUGUGUCCAAUCAAACUGUGUUAUUUUGCCGCAAAUUAAUCUGUCAUUAGGUGGAAACUAGCCACAUUACCCAGAUGUCAACGUGGACAGGUUGUGUGACAUGCACUCAUCCUCAAAAUCCAUGAACAAAACUACACAAGGUUUGUUCACCGGUAAUAUACAGAAACAUAGUCAACCACAAUGUGUUUUGUGUGGUGAAUUAUUGAAAAUUCAAAAGAGAAAUUUACAGUAGUCAUGUGACUACUCACACUAAUCAUGUGACAAGACAUUGAUACAACGUUUUCCUCCUGAAAAUGAAGGCUUAAAAUGCUCUCUAGGACCGCAUACUUUGGGAAACUAAAAACAGGGGUUUCAGAGAAAGCCGUAGAAACCAAACUUGUCCAUUUUCCUGUUCAACUUGUGUUAAUAAUUUAGCAUGUUAUUGGGAUUUUGGUAACAUUUAUACAUUUCAGCGUUUGAUUUUAAGGGCAUUUUUGAUUAGUUUUGUAUGAUGAAGAGUUUUGGUCCUGUGUUGGGUCUCCAGUCGAUGUAAAGUCUGCAUUCUGAAGCGAAAGUCUUCAUCGAAAGUCUUCGGUUUGUAGUGUGUUGACAUGAUUUUUGAUACACAAUGUUUUAGUUUGCUUUAGAUUGUCAUAAUGAAUGUGCAUUUUAGUCUCUUUUGUCUAUCAAAUUAAAAUCACAUUUACAACA